CUCCCUCGCUUUCUUCUUUAUCUCCGUCCAACAUCUCCUUGCCAGCUCUCCCCCUCCUCCCUCUUCUAACUUUUUUUCAUAUCCCCAUGCUCUCAUUCCCGCUCUUCCCUCCAAUCUAUCCCUUUGCAAUUCUUCCCUUAUCAUAUACCCUGGUACACUUCUCUCUACUCCUAACAUCCAUCUCAAGUAUCUCUCCUGCAAUCUUUCUACCCCUAUUCUCAUCUUCCAUCCCCAAAUCUCUACCCCGUAACUCACCACUGACCACACCAACCUAUCAAAUAACCAUAGCCUUCUACCCCAAUCUCUUCCAAACCUCCUUUUCCCUAUUCCCCAGAUUUGUCCUAAAAUAGCCGAUCCCUUUUUUACUCUUUCUUCUACAUGUCCAUCCUGUUUUCCAUUUGCCAACAACGUGUACCCCAAGUAUUUAAACCUAUUUACCUCCUCUAACUUCUUUCCUUUCCAUCUCCAGUUUAUCUUCUCCUUUCUCCCCCCACCUCUUUUACAUCUCAUAAUCUUUGUUUUCUCCGUGUUUACUUCCAACUUCUUCCCAUCCAGAUAACUCUCCAAUUUACCCAUCAUCCCUUUCAUUCCCUCUUCAUCCUUUGCUAUUAACACCACAUCAUCUGCAUACGCCAGCGAAAAUACUUUCUUUCCCCCCAAUUCAAUUCCCCCCCAUCCUCCUAUCUCUAAUCUUUCAUCUAUAUCCGCUAAAAGUAAGGUAAACAAGCACGGACUCAACGGGCAUCCCUGUCUUAAACCCCUUUCUGUCCAAAACUUUUUCCCUCCCGUAUUUCCUACCUUCACCCUGCUUCCUGUCUCUUUUAGCACCUCUCCACAUCUCUUGACUAGCCCCUCUCUUACUCCUCUCUUUCUCAUUGCUGUCACCAAAACCUCUCUAUCUACCGAGUCAAAAGCCGCCUUCAUGUUUACAAAUAAUAAAAUUAGUUUCCCCCCCCCCUCUUCUCUAAUUGCCUGUUUAUCAAAUAGUUCAAGACAUAUACAUUAUCUACUGUACCCCAUCCCCUUCUAAACCCCGCUUGACUCGGCGGCAAAAUACUCUUCUCUUCUAACUCUAUCCUUAACCUUUCUGCCAAUACUGCCGUGUACACCUUAUACGCCGUUUGCAUUAACGUUACUCCUCUGUACUCCUCCACUUUUACCCCUUCCCCCUUUUUCACUAUAGGUACUACUAUCCCUUCCUUCCACCCUUCCAACCCUCUCCUUUCCAUACCCUAUUACAUAAUUUCCACAAACUAGUCUCCAACUCUUCCCCUCCAUAUUUCCACACCUCGUUCGGUAUCCCAUCUUCUCCCGAUGCCUUCCCAACCUUCAAACCUUUUACUACCCUCCUUAUCUCUUCCCUACCUAUUUCCUCCUCCUCAUCCUCCACCCUCUCUCCUAUCCAUUCCAUCCUUACCCUCUCUUCCAUCCCUCCCAACAGUUUCCUAAAGUAGCCGUCCCAUUCUUCUAUUUCUAUUGACUCAUCCACCCUCCCUCUCUUUUUCCGCUCCCUAUUUACUAUCUUCCAUACCUGCCCCUCCGACCUUGUUUUUCAACCCUCCCCCCUUUUCCCCCUCUUCCCCCACCUGUUCCUCUCCUCCUAAUCCCUCCUCCUCUCUAUUUUCGUUUUCCGCCAUACCCUCCUUAUUGUUCUCCUAACUUACUUACUUCUUUCUAUACCGCUCUCCACGAACUCACUCGCCCGCCUCUCUAACUCUCCGCCCGUCCACUCGCGCCGCUCGUGUCUCCCUCCUACUCUCUACUCCUCUUCGCUUGCCUCUCUCUAUUCCUUACUUUCUCUAUGUUCUCUAACCUGCCCACUCAAUUCUCUUUCCUCUCUAAUUAACUAAUUACUGUUUUCUCCGCUUCAACUCCUCUUCCCCUACUCCACCCAACGAACCCUCUCUCACUACCACCCCUCUCGCAAUUAUUCUCUGCUUCUUAACCACCUUACUCACUCACUCUUUCACACGCCACACACACACCUGUCACUCUCUACGACACCGGAAACGGAAGUCGAAAAAAAAAAAUGAACAUAAUACAAGUUUUAUUGAAAUUGAUAAAACUAUAGAAGGUGAGGAAAAGCAGAUAAAAAUACAAUUGUUCGAAUUACAAGGUAAACCAAAAUUCUCUUAUAUUUUUAUAAUACACUAUAUUUAUUUUGAAUUGAUUGCGAUGCUUGAAUAUGAUUUGUUUAAUUACAGAAUGUCAAAAGCAAUGUCUAAAAGACAUAAAUCUCCUGCAUUUAAAAAAAAUUGAUGCAAUUUCGGAGUCAGUUUCUUUAUUGGUAAAAAAUACAAAAACAAUAGUAAAAUCUACCAACUUGCUACAUGAACAACUGCCAAUAUUGAACUUACUUCCAAUAGAUUUGGAAGGAUUAAAUCAAGUAGAGGAGUGGUUACAAAAUGAAGAAAAUAAACAGAACUUGGUGGCAGAAUUAAGCAAAUUGGGCGGACCAACCGUGAAGGAGGUUGUGAAGCGAGUCAUGUAUAAAUUAUUUCAAAAUUCCUUAGGCAUGGAAUACUCCUGGGAAGGCAAAGAAAAGAAAAAAGUUUUUAAGUCACUUUUGAUUUCUUCAGUAAUUAUGGAUGUUGUUCGCGCAAAUAAAAAUACAGCGGAUUGUAGCGAAUACGAGAUUAUUGUAAUAAUAAAGUCAUGGCUUGUUAGAAGCAAGGAACGUUUUUAUAAUAAUACUCUAAUAAGGAACGAUGCAUCGAAACAGGUACAAACUGAACAACAAAAAAAAACACAGACUGCACCAAAGAAGGCACAGACUAAACAAAAAAACGCACCGAUUGAAUCGAAAGAAAUUGAACAAGAGGAAACGUCUAUUGAACGGACUUUAUCGAAUGAAGAACAAAGAAAUGAGUAACUCUUUGUUUUGUAUGCGUCGUCUAACUUUCUUUUAUUUAAUUUUUAUUCUUAAAAAAUUUUAUGCUUUUUUUACGUUUGUAACGUUUACAAUGUUAACAAUUUUUUUUUUCAAAAAACUUUAUAUUUUAAGUUUAUAUUUAAUACUUUAUAUAUAUUUAUAUAUAAUUUAUAUAUAAAAGUUUAUAUAUAAUACUUUACAUUUUAAGUUUAUUACAAAAUUUAAAAUUUUACGUUUAUAUAUUUUACUUUAAAAAAGUGUAAUAAAAGUACAAUAUUAUGUAGAAAGUAUAUUGUUUACAAUAUUCCAUUGAAGCAAAUUAAAAUGAAUUAAAACAAAUAAAAUUUAUUUACUUUCAUAUUACCAUUCAUUUGUAUUCUCGUAUAUUAUUAUAUCUUAAUAUUUGCUUAUAAUUAGGGUCCGGAUUUUCGUGCACGCAACCCGUGCGCAAGCGGAGAAUUGCUGCGCUACACACGAGAGAGUCGACCGCGCUACGCCGGUUAUCUUUUUUCAGCUGGCGUAUAGCGCAGCGGUUCUCUGCUCUCGCACGGGCUCCGUGCACGAAAAUUCGAACCCUACAUUA